CUUACUAUAUAAUAAAAUGAACACUGCAAAUCCUCUCAGGCUAGAAAUAAACCAGGAUAUAGACCUUGAGCACCAACUGGAGUUUGAAGAUAAAAUUAGAGCUAAACAUCUUGCUAAGUCCUUCAUAGAACAGAGACUAAACCACCUUAAGAUUUUGAAAUAAUAUUAGUAAUUUCCCAAAGAUCUCAACUGGCUGUUCCUCCAGAAAGAGAAAGAAUAAAAAAGAAAGAAUCAGGAUAAUCAAGGACAGAGUAGACAUGACUAAGUUACAAGUCACCAGCACUGCAUUGCAUAUUAAAGUUGGCAAUAAAAAUAGACAGAAGAAACCAAUGACACAGACAGCUUGAUGGUCUAUCAAUACGAGUCCUAGAUUAUCCAAUACUUCUAACUCAUGAAUUACCAGAAUUAUUAUUUCAAAGAAAGAAAUUAAGACUUUGAAAAAUAACCAGACAAAUAGUGAGGAAAAGAUUCCUAAAAUAGGAGUAUCUUUUAAGAAAAUUCCUGACAAUAAAAAAUCAUCUCAGAUAAAAAUGAUGACAAACACUUUUAAAGAAAGAAAUAGCAAAGAAAAAGAAGCUCACUUUGGAAAAUACACUGUCUCGUCUGAUCAUACCAUUAGCAGAAAGGCAUCAGUACAUAAUCAAAGACCAAAGAAAAUGUUUGACAAUUCUUCUUUACUGAGCGAUGAUUUAUUGCAAAAAAGGAAAACUAUUAACCUAAAGCUAAAAGGAGUCAGAUUUCUUCAAAAAUAGGGCUCAGAUGCCAUUUCUCACAGUCUCUCGGAACCACAAGCCCCAAAACCGCCGUAAAAAAUCACCUAUCCAAAACCUCCCUCAGUCCAUUGCUAUUCAGUCCUACUUCAAAGAUAUUCCUUUGACCAGUCUCAAGAAGAGAAGUUUCUUCCUGAACCAGGCCCCUCAGCCUACUUGUAACCUAUCGAUUACGAAGAUUGAACCUUCAACUGCUCCGAGGAAGAAGAACAGGCAUGCUAAGUCCUUUUUGGCUAAAGAGAAUGUGACGCAAGAGGGGUUUGAGAAUUUGGAGAGGAAGAGAAUUUGGAGGAAGAAGGAGGCUGUGGUUUUACCGAUAACCUAAUUUCACUCACCCAACAAGCCAACUUAGGCCAAGUCGA